UUCGAGAGACCGAGGAGGCAAAACCCUAGUCUGUCACUGCCCUAAGAAAAGAAGAGAGCUUUUUUGUGGGUUGAGAAGAAGCAACAAAAAUGGAGGGUGGAGACGAAGGAAUCGAGAGAGUAGUGGACUCGAAGGACUUGCAGCAGCAGAGCAAAGCCCUCGACAAGCUCACCGACCAUGUCGAAGAUCGUCAGCUCGAUUCCACUCGCGUUCAAGAGGCUAUGGCGUCGAUUGGUGCAGCAAAGGAAGCUGAUUUGAAUGCUAUGAGAUUGAGGGAGAAAGAAUUGGCUGCAGUUAAGAUCAAUGCAGCUGAUGUUGACAUAAUUGCAAAUGAACUAGAGCUGGACAAGAAGGUGGCUGAAAGAACUUUACGGGAGCACAAAGGUGAUGCUGUUGCUGCCAUUCGAUCCUUGCUUCACUAGAAGGCCUUUCAACCCUUUCGCUUAGCUUCUUUUUUUUUUUUUUCCCCCUUCAUUAAUGCCAGUGGGCUGGUGAAAAGAUGGCAUCUGUGUGACGUAACCAAACUUUUUUGUUCUGCCUAGAUAUAUGAAUUGAAUUGGAUCAGGUUGUUACCUUUACAGGAAGAUUGAAAAAAAAAAUCAAAUGAAAAAACUUGACUAGGAAUACUAGUGUACUGUUAAAGUGCCACAGUUCUGUUUACUAGCUAUUGCUUUGUUUGUUUUGAAACUAAUUAUCAAAAUGUCAUUAAAUUUGGCAAGCGUCAUAUGUAUAAAGGUGGCCGUUGGGUUA